GCGUCACCGUCACUUUAUAAUCUCAUCUUCAACACACAAGGCGGUUACUCAGAAUAACAGCCGGAGAGGAGGCAUAACAUUAGGCGGCAUUUUCAGAGAGAUCAGGAAGCAUUUCCGAUAUGGCGGCCCCGGAGCAGUGGUUUCUUAUCUACCUGUCUUUGUUUUCCCUCGAGAAAUGGACUUUAGCUUUUAACUUGGAUACGGAACAUUUCAUUAGAAAAACAGGAGACCCGUCCAGUUUGUUUGGAUUUUCUCUUGCUUUGCAUCAUCAGCUAAAGCCAUCGGACGAAAUAAUGUUAUUGGUUGGUGCUCCAAAAGCAAAAGGACUUCCAAAUCAAAAAGCUAAAAUAACAGGAGGAUUAUACAAAUGCCCCAUCACAUCCAAAGAAAAUGACUGUGUGCGUGCCAUUUUUGAUGAUGAGGCUGACCCGGCAGUGGAAAGUAAAGAAAAUCAAUGGAUGGGUGUAUCGGUGGAAAGUCAGGGACCAGGAGGGAAGGUCAUGGUUUGCGCACAUCGAUAUGAGCAAAGGCGACAUGUGGAUAAACCAGAGGAGUCCCGUGAUGUAACUGGACAGUGCUAUAUUUUGAGCCAGGACCUAGCUUUCCGGGAUUAUGAAACUGAUACUAAUGUGAAACUUUGUGCUGGACGACCUCAGGGUCAUGAAAAAUUUGGUAUUUGUCAGCAAGGUGUAGCUAGUGCUUUCACCAGAGAUAGUAAUUAUUCCAUGUAUGGGGCUCCAGGUGCCUACAACUGGAAAGGAAUUGUACAUGUAGAAUCCAGAAAUAUUGAGGAGAUUAUCUUUGAUGAUGGACCCUAUGAAGUUGGUGAUGAAAACACUAGGGAUGAAAAAUUGAUACCCGUUCCUGCUAACAGCUAUUUAGGCUUUUCUCUGGACUCGGGCAAAGGAAUCACAUCAAAGGACACACUGACCUUUGUAGCUGGUGCACCAAGAGCCAAUCAUGCAGGAGCUGUUGUUUUCCUAAAGAUCGAAAAACAUACGAGAAACCUAAUGACUGAACAUGUCCUGAAAGGUGAAGGGCUGGCAUCGUCUUUUGGGUAUGAUGUUGCUGUGGUGGAUCUUAACCAAGACAGCUGGUUUGAUCUGGUGGUUGGAGCCCCUCAAUUCUUUGACAAAGAAGCAGAAAUUGGUGGUGCUGCAUAUGUUUACAUUAAUCAAGAAGGGAACUGGAAUAAAGCGAAGCCCAUUCGUUUAAAUGGGACCAAGGACUCCAUGUUUGGACUAACUGUUGAGAGUAUAGGUGACAUUAACCAGGAUGGGUACGCAGAUAUUGCCAUUGGAGCACCUUAUGAUGACAAAGGCAAGGUUUUCAUCUACCAUGGAUCUAGUUCUGGAAUAAAUACAAAACCUUCUCAGGUUCUCGAUGGGAAGAAAUUUGGGGCCUCUCUUUUUGGCUACUCUCUUGCAGGCAACAUGGAUCUAGAUAAAAACAAGUAUCCUGAUCUGGCUGUUGGAUCACUCAGUGAUGUAGUCUUUAUGUACAGGGCUCGACCUGUUAUCAAAAUCACAAAGAGGGUCACUACUUCACCUAAGAAUAUUGAUAUCAAGAAUUACAAUUGUCUUGAUCACCAAGGAUUUUGUAUGGUUGUCAAUGCAUGCUUUAAAUACACAGCUCACCCUAAUGAUUUCAACGCCAGGAUAACUGUAGGCUAUCUACUUGAAGCUGACACUGAAAGAAAUAAAAUGGGUCUGCAGUCAAGAGUCAAAUUCAUUAGACAUGGUGAAACUCCUGAUUACAAACUCUCUGGCAGUAUCGUAUUAGACGCACAGAACGAGGAGAAGUGUAUCACUGAAACAAUGCAGCUUCGCGAAUUUAUCCAAGAUAAGCUGCGCCCCAUUCCCAUAUCGGUUGGAGUAGAGCUCAAGCAGUCUAGACGCAAGAAAAGACAGUAUCCUAACUUAAUCGACUUGCUUCCUGUCCUCGAUGAGAGUGAACCUCAGUAUACAAUGGUCGAAUUUUUGAAGGAAGGUUGCGGUGCUGAUGGCAUUUGCCAGAGUAAUCUUGAAUUAGAAUAUGAAUUCUGUUCCAGGAAUCAAAACCAGCAGGACAAAUUUAAACCUUUACCUAAGAUGAAUAAUUUUCCAGUAUUUAAAUUAAGUGACCAGAAGGACAUAAUACUGAAAAUAACUGUUACUAACAAGCCGUCAGACCCAAAAAGACCAGAACGAAAUGGGGAUGAUGCACAUGAAGCUCACCUGAUUGCAACAUUUCCAGACACUUUAACCUACUCUACGUAUCGACCCCUGGCAUCCAUUCAGGACAAAAUAUCAUGUACAGCAAAUCAGAAUGGGUCUCAAGCAGACUGUGAACUGGGAAAUCCCUUAAAGAGAGGAUCAGAGGUUACUUUCUACUUAAUCAUGAGUACUACUGGAAUUACACUGGACACCACAAACCUUAAUAUCAAUCUACAGCUGGAAACGACCAGCGAACAGGUUAAUCGGCCAACUAUCGCUACUGCUCGAGUUAUGAUUGAACUACUUUUGUCAAUAGUUGGUGCUGCUAAACCAUCUCAGGUGUAUUUUGGAGGUUCCAAGGUAGGUGAGAGUGCUAUGAAGACAGAAGAAGAUGUGGGGAGUUUGAUUCAGUAUGAGUUCAGGAUAAUUAAUCUGGGCACAUCACUUAAAACUCUGAACACUACUUGGCUACAAAUCAAGUGGCCAAAGGAAAUAUCCAAUGGAAAAUGGCUCCUCUAUUUAGUGAAAAUUGAUUCAAAAGGCAUCGAUAACGUACAAUGCAAGCCCAGUAAUGAAAUUAACAAUCUAACAUUAAAGGAAGUUCCUAGUCAAACAAGGAAAAGAAGGGAGCUUGAGGGCAAUGAAUCGAAGAAGAAUCCAGGAGUAAUUUCCUCCCAUUUCUCUGAUAAAAGGAAAUAUGCAACUCUGGAUUGUGACCAGACCAAGACUACUAAAUGUGUUAAUAUAAAGUGUCCUCUUCAAGGACUUGAUAGCAAUGCAUUCCUGAUUUUACGUUCACGGCUAUGGAACACCACUUUCCUUGAGGAAUUUUCCAAACUGAACUAUCUUGAUAUCAUUGUUAAAGCCAAGAUAACUGUUGCACCUGAGGCAAAAAACAUUGUGAUUAACAAUGCUGAAACUAAGGUACAAGUCACAGUGUUCCCUGAAAAAACUGAGAGUCAUUACUUUGGAGUUCCUUGGUGGAUCAUUUUUGUUGCUAUCCUGGCUGGAAUUUUGAUGCUGGCUCUUCUAGUAUUUUUGUUAUGGAAGUGUGGAUUUUUUAAACGUUCCCGUUAUGAUGACAGUGUUCCACGCUACCAUGCAGUCCGAAUCCGGAAAGAAGAGCGACAAACCUUUGAGGAUGGAAAAUUGAAGAAGAAAUGUGACAAGAAACAAUGGAUGACAACGUGGCAGGAAAAUGAGAGCUACUCUUAAGAACCAUUAUCUUUGUAUUCUUAAAAUUAUUGAAUUUAGAACACUAAGGUAACCUAUACUAUUUUGGUAUUGCAUUACUGUGCAUUGAUUUCCCUUCAACUGUCUGAGGAUGCCCCUUAGUUAUGCAGAGAUUUUCUGUAUUGUGCAGCACAUACCUCAGUGGCUGCCCUUCUUAUCUUUAAGUACACCCAGAUUGCCUUGUGGAGUGUAUGUUUUUAGACCAUUCAUGCUUGACAAGUUUUGGUGCAUAAGAUUUGCCUUGUAAGCCAAGUGCCCAGCAGCAUGGGAUUGAAUUACCAUCUGCUCCAGAAUAUAGAUGUGAAAAAAAACUUCUAAUUCCAUUCAGUAACAUGUUGGUCUUUGUCAUUUUUAACCUGAAGUAAUGUGCAAUAGUCAACUGUGCAACUGACUAUUGAUUUUUCAAUUGAUGAAUGUGUUUCAGUAUUGCCAGGACCCAGUUGUGUGUUCAAAAAAUAGUCAACAUUUCGAACUGGGAUUGAAAAAAAGUUGUACAUUUUUGUAAAUAGUUAUAUAUUUUAGACUGUCCUGGUAUUUAUUUUGUCAUAAAUUGUGUCCUUUUAGUAACCAUUAGUAUGGCCACAGAUGGCUAAGUUUCCCUACAGGGGAAACAAAUGUUCUGAAUGUAAAAAUGGACUACAUUUUGCUCUGGUUUAAUUUUUUUAUGAAGAUGUAGACUUGACUGAGAAUGGUUUAAUGUCUGGAGAAAGUGCUAUCUGACUUCGCCUUUGCUUAGUUUUACUCUGAGUUAGCUUUGCAUCCAUAUGAUACUGAAAAGGGAAGAAGAAAAUAAUACUUUAAUGAGCUUGUCAAGCUUGUUAAAAUCGGCCUGGAGCAGCAUUCAGUAGCUGUAUGGUCAAAUCAAAAAACGAGUAAUUUGUUUCUUACCUGACCUGAGCACAAGUAUUCCUCUGCCUGUAAAAUUAAAGGAGAAAUUCUGUGGCUAAAUUAUAUUUAUCUUCAAUUUUACAUGCAGAGGAAAGUAAUACCCUGAGUUAGUAAGCUUAGUAAGCUUGAGGAAAGAGACAAUUUGAAGCAUCACCAGAGCAGAGAAAGAAGUGAAUACUAUAGUGGUGCUCUCUGCCUGAGAGCAUGAAUGUACUAAAUAAACCACAUUGGAGGAAGAAGAGAGGAUGGCAUGGGAGUGCAGGGAACAGAGAAUGUGCCCAACUAGCUGUAGAUACUAACAAGGUAGUGGGUCAACUGUAAUAAUCAGCUGUCUGUGUAUUACGGAGAAACAGUGCAUGAGAAAACAAAGGCUCACCAGGGUGGCGGGGGCAAGGGACACAUCUUUGAGAUAAAGAGCUCAGUGAAUUGUUAACUAUCUGUCAGGCUCUGUUAGUAGCAGAGGACUGAGGACCACCACUCCACUUUUAUACCACAAGGACCUCCACAAUGUAGAAGUCAGCCAUAUUUUGUCAUUCAGACAACUGAUGCUUCUUUUUCUCCACUCAAACUAUCACAUGCUGCAGAACCGCUUAAAGUGAAUUAUUAGUUUUGAGGUUUUCACUACUUCUAUAAUCUGUUUUUCUCUUGAACUUGAACUUCUUCAACUUGCAUGAACACUUGCACCACUGCAAAGGUCUCCUGUAGCUGAUAGUUUAGCACAGCUGGGAGCCUACAAAGCCAACUGCUGAGCUGCACAAAAUACAAAAGAACUAUUAUCCAUAUCUGUGGCUAGCACUGGUAGUUUUGCACCAGAACUGGGCAUCUCAUUUUAUUGUGUGUUUAUUGAUGCUAACCUAUAGCAGGCAAUGGGGCUAUUACAACACAAUCCUUUAUGCAGGGCUACAUGAUGACACAGCUGUUAAUGACUUGAGUGUUCCAUAUGUGCCACUGCUGGAAGGUGUUUCAUGAUGAGCACGGUUUUGUAUGAGCAGUGGGAAAUUAUGGAGUCUGGGGAUUUCUCACUUAAUUACCUGUAAGUCUUCUGCAAGGAAUUAAAGCUAACCAUGAAUGCGCCUUGGACUUUGGAUCCCAAUGCUUUCAUAGCAAUGGUGUAAAUAUUCAUGAAUGAUCCUUUUUGUGACUGUACCACUGUAGCCAGGUAUAUCCUGCCUAACUGCCGUUACCAAUGCAGGUAUCACUGCUGUGUCAUGUGCCAAAUGGCAAGCUGCAAACUGCUGUGCAAAUAAGUAUUGUCCUAAAUAUUCCAGUACCUGUAUUAAUGUGUCUCUGUGGUGGUAGUGUUUUUUGAGUAUAUUUUUGAUAUCAGUUGCAUUCCUUGUGUGCAAAUGUUUUGCCUUCAUACUUUGCUGCAAUAUUCAUGCCUUUUGAUUUUAAUAAGUUUGCAACAUGGCACUACAUUUUUUUUCCAUGACAUAUAGCCUUCUCUGCUGUCUCAUUUUACAUAGCUGAGAGGCAAUCUCUCCCGCCAGAAAUCUGCAUCCAUUUCUGCACUGCACUGGUUACCAGCACAUUUGGAGCAGUUUAUUAAAAAUGAACUUUUUAGCAUUUAUAACAAUUGUUUGACUUAUAGAUAUCCUCCCCCGACACUCCAAAAUUUCACAGAGUUCUCCAGAAUCCUCUGUUUCUAAUCCAUGCCUUUCUAUAAUUUAAUUACUGGUUGUUGAUUUCAGUUAAAUAUGGAUAUUUUGUUUCUGUGAUGCAGAGCAAGAUAUAGCCCCAUAUGAUAAGCUGACACUGAUUUGGUUCAGCACUGGGACUUCUUGACAAAGGGUAAUAUUUUAAAAGUUGGUUAUGGCUCUGAUUUAUGUUUAAAGGAACAUUAUAUAAUUUUUAGGUGCAGAUGUCAAGUACUUUAAUUUCGUGCACGUGUAUCAUGUAAUUUCAUAGAUCCGCUUUUAAAAUACACGAGUUUAUAAGAAAUUUUAUUUGUGAUUUUAAUAUUGUACGUCAUUACACAAUGCAAGUUAAUUUGUUUUUCUUUUGGUUUUCUCCUGUCUUUAUGGUGCUGCCUGUUGCCACAGUGAGAUUCCACCAUUGUCAGUCACCUCCCCUGAAAUACGUUGCCGAAUUGGGCAUUUCUCAUAGAAUCUAAUUUGGUAACCAUUAAAUUGGGAAUGGGGGGGGUGGUGGGUGGGUGUUAGAGUGGGGAAACAGGAAGGCACAGCUCAGCCUGGCCUAUUCUCACCUGCCAAGGAGUGCAAAUUGCAGACAGUUGAGGCAGCAAUGCAGGAUGUGGGGUUAAACUUUAAUGUAGAGGUAGACCAUUUACCUUGUGCCUCAGCCAGGUAUGAAAAAGCACCCACUGCCACAGUGCCCAACAGAAAUAUAACAGUCCUCACACAAGGCAAGCAAGAAAGGGCGGACUGGGAAAUGUGGCGCAUCCUACUUGGCCAGUGAUUGGCUGCCCUGGACACUGCCAGAACAGUAGCAAUCUGGUGCAUAGACCAGACAGGCUAUUCGGCCAAUGAUUGCUGCUAUUCUGGCAGAGAGCUUGGCUCCCCCACCAGAGCUUAGGCCUGGUGUUUUCCACUUGUGCACCUGACUAUCCCAGGCCCUGUCUCUGAUAAUGCAUUGCUUCCUCAUUUCUGUAUGGAAGUGAUAGGCUGGAUCUCCUGCCCCAUACUCUGGAGUGGAGCUAUGAUUCCACAGCUUUCUGAUUUGGAGAUGGGUUUGCUACUACUGAGCAAGAACACUUUUGAAGUGAAAAGAGGUGAACUUAGUAAGUAAAUUAGUAUGCAAAGCAUAAAUAAAAAGAAAAUAUAGCAGAAGUGCUUCAAAUCAGUAACCGGUCUUGGUUGAAACACUCUUUCAUUCUUGCAGUUUGCUCCAAUCUGAACACUUCAUCUCCUGUUACAGAACCAUAACAUGACCAGAUAACUUUUUCCUUGUUUAAAAACAUUUGGAGUUACUGCCUGUUAGAGCAACCUCUUCAUAAUUUGAAUUUCUGGCAAUCUAGAAAGAGUUCCAGCUGCAGUGUGAAAUGAUUUAAAUGUUUUGAAUAACAUUGAAAUUGUCAAUGAAUUGCCAUCUAGUUAUUAGCUAAAAGUUAAUGAUGUGGCACUUUCUUUAGAAAUGACUAACUUUGUUUCUGAAGAAAUCCUCAAGAUAUUAUGAGCUGUCCGAAUAGCCAGACUUUAUGUGUUUGUGUAAUGAGAACAUGAUUUUAGCAGUUUGUUAUUUGAAAAGAAUGUAAAGCAGACAAGGGAUUACUCUGUGUAUAGGUGAUUACCAUCUGCUGCUGCUGCAAUGACCCGAAUAUUCUUUUGCAGGUCAUUAGAGAGUUUUAAAAACAAAUUAGAAUGGAUUCUUCUCAUAAAUUGUAAAUUAUCAAAAAUGCUUCACAUGGAAAUUCAAAUACACAAUAUCUCUUUCUUCAAAAAAAUGUGCUCUAUAUAAACUUUACCUGAUAAAACCUUUUAAAUAAAUCCUCUAGAUUUUCAAAUAAUUUUGCUAGAAACAGUAGAAAGAUAUUCCACUAGUACAUCUGAUUUGAUGGCAUUGAUACACCCUUGGGAAAUCAGCUACAUUGUGCAUUCUCAGACAGCAACCUAAACUUAACUCACAAUACCCACUACUUUGAGCAAAUGCCUCUGCUGUUGAGAUUAAUUUGAGGCCUUCAAGCAAAGACUUCAACGAAGGCCUUAAAAGACAAUUGAAUGAAUAAGUUUAAUCAUGUCAAUGUAAAACAUGCAUAUUUGUUUUGCAUUUUUGUUUGUAUCCUUAGUAAUUUUAAAAAGGCAGAUAAAAAAUUCAGAGCACAUUGAGUGAUUUGUGAGGAAAAGAUGAUACAGAUGGGAAGUUUAAACAGGUGGCUCCUGUUCUAAGAAAUCUCACUGUUAACAAAUGCCCCUAAUUUUUUCAGUGAUGCUGACAAGUCCAUACUUGUUACAAAAUUGUGGAAUUUUUGAAUAACUUGAAUCACCUCUAUUAGUUCCCUCUGCAGUGAGGUUUUAUUGAGAGUACCUCAUUGUGUGUGUUUAUGUGAAAGAAAGCACAACUACUAUACUGUGGCUUUUGAAAAAGCCUUUGAAAGGAUUUCUUUAUAUUCAGGAUUGCCUGUGAGUUUGGCAAAUAUCAUAAAGAAAAACCACUUGCCAAAAGCAGCUUCUGUUUAGCUGCAUGGGAACCGACAGCAGUCUUUAAGAAGUUUUUCAGAGCACUGUGUUCCAACCUCAGAUACUCAAGCCCACUCUAAUGAAAUAUAUCUACUAACAUUACGUGAUAUCCUAGAUGACUUUGUUUGAGAAUACUUUUCAAACAUCAUUACCUAUCCACAGUCCAGACUUCGUCAUCUUUUAGGGUUAAUCUGGAUAAUUAAAUUUAAGAAACAUUUCAAAAUUGGGUUUAACCUAGUAAAACCUGGAAAUGUUAAUUUUAGUACGUUUAAUUAUCUACCUGGCUGGUAUGGGUACCCACUUCAUUUUUCCUGUUCCCUAGAAUAUACUGUCACUUGCCUAUGUCAAGUACAGAUAGUUUCAUGAUGGAUGAGGUACUAAAAAUGCAACUAAUGGUGCAUGGCAAUGCAUUUUCUUCAUUCUAAAAUUGUUUUACUAAUUAAAUAUGAAGUUUUCUAAUUACAAAUAUUUGCUCAAACUUUAUUUCUGACAAGUUUCAUGUUUAAAUAUUAAAUGCUCUCUUUGCUAUUAUAAACUGCUUAAAUGUUAUACACCUGUGAUUAAAAGAAUCUGUAGGGUUUUUCUAGAAAUUGACAGUAAAAAAUAAAGAUUAUUUAUCAAGAAUGUUUCCCUAAUUAUCGAAAGUUGAAUAAUAUUUUGGUUUGUUUGUUCAAGUGAUUUACAUGUAACUGGCAAAUAAAUUUGAACCCUG